AUGCUUGUUUCACACUCACUAAAUUACUCAAGUAUUGACUGUAUCAUUUUAGCUGCACGUGCGAACACCCACCAAAUGUUGAUGAAGACCGUGCUUAUGAAUUUUGAUCAAAAAGUGGUCUUUUCAAAAACUUUCCUUGCGGAUAUUUACAAGGAGUUUAUUGAUGACGAUCAUGACCUUGAUAUAUCAGUUGUCAGUCUUACUGUACAGUUCUUGACGGUACCUAGCAUAGCAAGACGUUUGAUCGCUGAGGAUGAUGCUAUGCGCACAAUAUUCUCAGCACUUAUAAAACACACGGAAGACUUUGCCAAAGAUCCCAAAGACCAAAUGUCACGAUUUGAUUUUGCCAAACACUCAUUUCCUGUUACGGUUAGAAGGGGAAUGCACAUGAUGCGAGAUCUGGGAUAUAUCUUAACAUGCGUUCCAUCAAUAAGUGACUGGAAUGAUAAGUUGCGGGAUAAAUUUCUGGACGGUUGCCAAUCGCUCAUAAAAUUUUUGCACAGGAUGCAGGGUAUGGAUGAAGUGAAGCGACAAUCAGUGGAACACCAAGUGUGGGAGUUGGAAUGGGAAACAGCAUUCAACAUUCAGCUCAGAAUUCAAGAUAUUCUUGGUUACGUCAUUGCUUGGGCUGGAGCUGACCGAGCAACACAUCGAAAGUUGCUACUACAGUGUUUGGAUGCUCUGAAUCAGCAUCCACCAUCGACUCUGGAAGAACCAGCUGGAGCUACCCAUACUGUUGUGGAUGGUGGCAACGCGAUCGAGCAUCAGGUGCCUCCAUACUUCAUGAAAAUAUGGAAACACUCUCAAUAA